GAGGCUGCGGAGCGGAGUGAGGAAGUAAUGCGGAGCGGAGUUGCUGUGUUUUUCAAUAUGCGGAGCUAGGCAGCAAGUACGCGACGAGUGAUUUCGAGCUCCCGGCGUGGGGCGAUUGGUUUAAUUCUACGCGAAAUGUCACUGAUAGCAGACAUGCCAUCGAAAAAGUUGAUACAUUAUUACCUUACAUUGCUUGAGGAAGAAGAGUUGGAGUCAGAAGAAGCCGAAAUACUUACCAUAUACCAUUUGAACAAUUCUAUGAGGAAACAUAGAUUUUGGUUAAGAAAUCAUAUCAAACAUCGUUCAGAACACAGUGAAUAUUUUACUUUUUUCCAAACAGCUGAUGAAGAAACUUUCGAAAAUUCUUAUAGAGUUUCAAGAUGUACUUUUUAUGAACUUCACUCCCUGAUUGAACCAUAUAUUCGGAAACAAGACACAAAUUACAGAAAUUCAAUUAGUAGCCGUGAAAGAUUAGCGGUGUGUUUAAAGUAUUUAGCAACCGGCCAGUCAUUUACAACGAUGGGAGAGAAUUUUAGAAUUGGAUUGAAAAGUGUAUCAAGAAUUGUUGAGGAGGUUUGUGAUGCUUUAUGGAAUAUAUUGCAACCUCUUGUCAUGUCACAACCAACAGAAAACGACUGGAAAGAAAUCGCAAAAGAUUUUGAUGAACUAUGGCAAUUUAAAAAUUGUAUAGGUGCUCUUGAUGGCAAGCACGUAUAUAUCAAGGCUCCCUCGAAAACCGGGUCCUCGUUUUUCAACUACAAAAAGAGAUUUUCUGUAGUAUUGAUGUGUUUAGCUGAUGCCAAAAGGAAAAUCAUAAUGGCUGAUGUGGGAUCUAUGGGAAGAUUUUCUGAUGCAGGAAUUUUUGAUAACAGCAUUUUCGGAAAGAGUCUAAAAGAAAAGAGAUUGAAUUUACCUCAGCCGGUACCAUUUUAUCAAGGUGGAGCAAAAAUGCCGUUCGUAUUUAUAGGAGACGAAGCUUUUCCAUUAAUGGAAAAUUUUAUGAGGCCUUACCCACGUGAUGGACUUAACGCAGAAAAAAAAAUUUUUAAUUACCGAUUAUCAAGAGCACGUCGUAUUGUUGAGGCAACUUUCGGUGUAUUGACGAGAAAGUGGUACGUGUAUCAUAAAGAUUUUGAAUGCAAAAUAGAAACAGUUGACAAGGUAAUAAAAGCAACAUGUGUUUUGCACAAUUAUUUAAUUCAAAGACAACCUAAUUAUAUAAACAAUAUUGAAAAUAACAUGGAGCAAUCAUUAUUAUCAGUUGGUGAUAUUAUAGAAACACAACAUUCUAGUAACGAUGGUUAUCAAGUUCGUGAAAUGUAUUGUUCAUACUUUAAUAAUCAGGGGAAGGUACCAUGGCAAGAUACUCGAAUUUUGAAAAGAAUCUAUAAUAGUCAGUGAUGUGAGACAGAUAUAGAUAAUUUGGCCAGCUGCGGACAUUAUUUAACUAUUUAGGCUAUUACAUUAU